AUGUCUAAAUACGCUAUUUUUGUUCUUGCCCAAUUUAUUCUUCUCAAUGAAAUUCAAUGUUGUUGUCUUCCACCUCCGGCUUUGCCCUGUGGCCUUCCUGCACCAUCUGCUCUACCCUGUGGUCUUCCUGCAGCACCCAGUUUAGGCUGCGGUCUUUCAGCUCUUCCAGCCGCUCCAGCUUUUGGUUGUGCUCCUCCACCAAUGUCGGUAUUACCUUUACCAUGUCCUGCACCAGCAGCUUUACCACCAACAUGUGGAAUGCCUCUCUUUUCAAAAAAAUCUUUGUUACUUUCAAAACUACUUGCUUUGAAAAUGAAAUUGGGACUUGGACUUUCUUCUCUUGGUGGUUGUGGCUUGCCUCCCUUAGGAUGUGGGUGUUAAAGAUAACACAAUUCACCCACAACUUUUUACGAAUGCAACUUAUUGUACUAUGUUCUACAAAAUAUUGUUUGCUGAGUUUAUAAAAUAAAACAAUGUUUUAUUCU